AUACAUUUACAGUUUAGUCAACUUUUAGAAGCUACAUUCAGUUUCAGACAUGUAACAUAAUUAUUUGUAUAUUCUAUCGAGAGAGCCAUCAAAUCAUUCUUUUCUUCUUCACUGUUGAGGCCAAAACACAGCUCAGAUUUGCUGUUGCUCCAAGUAAUAGGUAUAGCCUACCUGCCAACCAAUCGCCGUCGCCCACCGUCGCCGGAAACUUUGGGAAUUCUGAUUCCUCUCCGUCCGCCAGGCAACGGCGAGCUAGUUGCCGGAAGUCGUCGCCGGUGGUGAUACCCCAUACCCCUGGUCAAGGUCAAAGCCGACACGCAGAAAUUCAAGCGACUUUUCUAGCAACUGAGACAGAGAGUAAAGGAGAAAAGCUUGUUAAGAGGAAUUAGGGAUAGAGGCGAUGGAUGCACUGGCGCCGCCUGAUUCCCAGGAAAGAUCCGUCGGUGGUGCGGCGAGGAUGAUCCGAACUUAUCAGGCGUGGGAAGGCAGUAAUAAAUUUUGUCUUGGGGGAAGGUUGAUAUUUGGGCCUGAUGUACAGUCGAUACUUUUUACGAUAUUUCUUAUAGUUGCUCCAGUAGCUGUUUUCUGCGUGUUUGUUGCAAGAAAGCUGAGAAAUCAUUUUCCUGGCAAUUCGGGGAUCGCAAUUAUGGCUGCAUGUAUUGCUUUCACACUAUAUGUGCUAGUUCUUCUUCUGAUGACUUCUGGAAGGGAUCCCGGUAUUAUUCCUCGCAGCGCUAACCCUCCAGAGCCAGAAACUAAUGAAAACAGUCUUGAUUUUGGGCAAGGUUCAGCCCCCCGCCUUCCUCGGACAAAAGAUGUUGUAAUUAAUGGGACAACUGUGAAAGUCAAAUACUGUGACACGUGCAUGCAUUACAGGCCUCCACGUUGUUCGCAUUGUUCAAUUUGCGACAACUGUGUUGAGCAAUUUGAUCAUCACUGUCCGUGGGUUGGACAAUGCAUCGGAUUGAGGAACUACCGAUUCUUUUUCAUGUUUAUCUUUUCGACCACAUUGCUCUGCUUAUAUGUUCAUGGGUUUUGCUGGGUCUACAUUAAGAUGAUAAUGAACAGUGAGAAGACUACAAUAUGGAAAGCAAUGAUCAAAACACCUGCCUCCAUUGCACUUAUUAUCUAUACUUUUCUUGCACUCUGGUUUGUGGGCGGGCUGUCGGUCUUCCAUCUCUACCUCAUCAGCACAAACCAGUCCACAUAUGAAAACUUUAGGUAUCGAUACAGUAUGCGAUCCAACCCCUACAAUAAAGGAAUAAUUGCAAACUUCAUGGAGAUAUUCUGCAGUAGCAUCCCUCCGUCAAAGAACAAAUUCCGGGCAAAAGUGCUGAAGAAACCUGCUGUGCAGACUCCUUCUGUGAGUAAUGCUUUUGGCAGCCGACAAUCAUCGAGCUCCAAAUAUGAUCAACAAGAGAAGACGAUUUGGGGCGAGACUGCAGAUAGAGUCCUGACAAUAGGAUCCAAUCGGAUACCUCGUGUGAGCAGUGAUUAUAUUACAGAAAAUCAACAAUAGCAAUUGGUUUUGAGAUAGCAUUUGAUCUUGCUAUUACUACAGUCUGUCACUUAAAUCAAGAUUGCAGAUUAUUUGAUGUAGCUAUUGUUCAA